UUCUGAGUACCCCCAGUUCCCACAGACCCCUCCCCAAAGAGAGCUCCAGCACGGACCCCAGUCUGCAAGCCACCACUGCCCACAAACAACAGCUCCAACUGGGACACAGGCUGGACGGACACCCCCUUUUUCUCUGGAGCUCCAUCACAACUGCAGAUACAGGUUUAGAGGCAAGCUUGGCAACUCACCGAAUCUCAGUGGAUUAAAGUGAAUUAUUUCAGUUAUUGUCUGCUUUUGUUGGGGACAUUUUUACAGAAUUUUACGGAUUUAUGCCAUUAUAUGAUUUGCACUUUUUGCAGCCAGAUUAAGAUUUUGACUACCUUGGUUGUUGCCAGUUUACCAAAAAAAUAAUAAUAAUAUUUUUUUAAUACAAAACUUUUUUAUCGCUGCUGCAUUUGUAAUCUGUCAGAACACACACUGCUCGUGGACACUGUAAAAAGUGACAAACUUGGACCAAUUUUUGAAAAUGUUAUAACACUGAAUGUUUCAACAAAAAUAUUUUUCCAGUUUUAUUUCAUUAAAUGCAAUAAUUUAGAUUUUUGGUAGAAUAAUGGCUCAAUUUUUUGUGUCCUGGCUGUAUUUUUUUGCUCUGCUCCUUGUUUAUGAAGUGCACAGUGUUUCGGAUCAGACCAGAACCUCCUCUCAGGUGGACCCCGACCAGGUGUGGAUGGGGCAGAUUCUGGAGAACCCCCUCUCAGAGAUGUUUGACCUGGAUGUAGUGAAGUCGCGGCGUCAGGUGCGAGGGGCUGAGGAGGAGGAUCAGCAGUCGGCCUUCGGUCAGUCCCUGGAGAACGACUCGGUGACAGUCUCCGCCUCCAACCUGAGUGUACUGAAUGAGUCCACCCCAGAGAUAGGCUUCAGGAACCCACUGUACCCGCUGAGGGAGGGGUCCAUUCUAGGUUGGGCCAUGCUGAUGCUGGGGGGGCUGGUCUUUGUGCUAGGGGUCGGGGGAAACAUGGCCGUUAUGUGUGUGGUGUGGAAUAAUUACUACAUGAGGUCCGGGUGGAACUGCCUGCUUGCCAGUGUCUGUCUGUGGGACUUCCUGGUUCUGGUCCUGUGUCUCCCGGUUAUUUUGCUGAACCAGCUCUCUGAUAGGAGAAUCCUCCCUGACAUCACCUGCCGCAUGGUGCCAUAUAUGGAGGUGGUCUCUCUGGGUCUGUCUUCCUUCACUCUGUGUGUCUUGGGGAUUGACCGUUUCCAUGCAGCCACCUCAUCAGCAGCAUCUGAUUCAUCAGACAGAUCAUGUGAUGCGGGUCGUGUUGAGCGCUGCAAGUCUGUUCUGUUGAAACUUCUCUUUGUUUGGCUCACAGCUCUGUUGUUAGCAUCUCCAGAGCUGUUCCUCUGGGAGUCCAGCCCCCUAACGCUAAUCGGCGGACGAUUGGUCGAUACCUGCAUUAUCACAACAUCCUCUCCUCUGACGCUGCUCCUCCCAGACUCUCUGCAUUCACUGCUGCUCCGUUACCAUCAGGCACGUUUAUGGUGGUGUUUCGGGUGUUACUUUCUACUGCCAGUGCUCUUCACCAUCCUGUGUCAGAUGGCAAGUCGCAACGUCAGUCCAUCAUCCACACAGAAGUCUCCUUUACGUCACCACGACGAUACAGGGUCCAAUCAGCGUAGGGCUCUGGAGCGGCAGAGAAAUGGUGCCCUCUUGUGCGUGUGUGUGGUGUACGCUUUGUGCACUGGGCCGGAAUACGUGACCAACAUUGCCUUGACGACUGCCCACAUCAUUGUCAGCCCAGAAAUGGCCUCCAUGCUGACUCUCUUACAUCACUUCCUGCUAUUCCUCAAGGCGGCUCUGUCUCCUUUGCUGCUGCUAUGCCUCUGCAAGUCUUUGGGCCAGGCGUUUAUGGAUUGCUGUUGCUGUUGCUGCUCUGAGUGCCAGCCAAUCACAUCGCAAGGAAGCCCCGCCCACAUCAAACUCAAGUCCAACGAGACAUCAAUCUUCUUUGACAAAGCCAAGGACACGUCUGCCAUCUUGUCCAUCUCCAGCUGAAGACGUGGCAGUCUCUGUUCUGCGCAUGGUUCCCUUUAACAGCCAUUGGUUUACUUUUUUUUUCUUUCAUAGAUGUAUUGUUGUUUUGUGACAUCACUGUGAAUGAGUUGAAGUUUACUGUAAAGUAGCAUCCACAUUGAGUCAAACCUAAGCAUAUUAAAGGGCUUUUCCCAAAAGAAAAUAAAACACACACACACGCACAUAGCUGCCAGGAGUAGUGGACGAGAAGAACAUGCUCAGCAGAAGAUGGAUUAUUGUGAAUGUUUUACCAACAAUAAGUAAUGAAUGGAGGAAAAAAGUUUUGUCUGAAAUGUGGAUGCUCUGAGUUUUGUAAUAUAUAUUUGUGUGUUCUGUUAAAAAUUAUUUUAACUGUAGUUUAAUGCUAAUGCUGAACUUGCACAAACUGGACAACAAAAAAUACAUUUUAGAAUAUUCUGGAGGUUUAUUAGUAAGAAAGAACAACAAGAUUGAAAUGGGAAAUAUUUGGAAAUUUUAAAUGAAAUAUGGUCCAAAAACUGCCAUGGAACAAGAUUUUGAACAAUUUCUUAAUUCCCACUUUAAUUGAAAGUAAAAGCAGUAAAUACAACCAUUACAAGUUCAUCUAUAUUGGACAUUUAAAUCAAUGUGGAGAUCUUUUUGAUAAUCCAUAUAAUAGGAGAGUACAAGAAGAGUCUAAACCAGGAGUGUCUCAUUGGGUUGCAUCUGGUCAAGCAUUAGGAUUAUUGUGGCCUUGGACUACACUGGGACACCAAGACCAAUCCAGGACUGGGUUUAAUUUUGACUGGACCAAGACAAAAGCAGAACUGGACUUUCAAUGCAGAGUGGAGGCCUUGGUCAACAGUGCAGAGAUGAGUAAUGUAAAUCUAAUCAGAGGAGUUUAUAAUAUUAAUGUUGUAGCACUUUAACUGAAGCUAACUGAGCCCAGACUGUGGACAAUUAGAGAUUUAUGUCACAAAAUAUGGAUAUUUCACAAUAAAAUGGUGUCAAUAUGAAAUAUG